AUGACCAUCAUCGAUGAGGAAUUCAAGCGCCUGAAGAAGAUCCAAGAGAACAAACUGAACAAACACAUCAUGGAAUUCCUUGGUGAUACACACAAGGCGAUCCUAUUUAGGGGUAUAUGCAACCCCAAAGGCCCGUACAAGAAAUCUCUCAUUCAUUUCGCUGCGAUGGGAGAUUGCACCGAGCUUCUUCAAAGUCUGCUGGACAUUGGUGCUCCGGUUGACGAUCGUGAUCAGAAUAAGCGAACACCCCUCUCUUGGGCCGCUGAGUAUGGUUCUUACAACGCCGCCGAAAUCCUGCUGAAAAAUGGAGCUAAGGUUAAUACCCUUGAUUAUAUGUACACGUCACCUCUGUCAUGGCUGGAAAUGCCGGCCACGCUGAAAGCAAAGGCCUCGAAACUACUAGAUUAUGCCUCAAACAGAACGGCGCAACUAUGA